AUGUCGAUCCGCAGAGAGACCGGACACGGAGUUGUCCCACGGAGACGAAAUGGCAAACAGCCCGCGUGUGAGCCAUGCAGAAAAGCAAAAAUUUCUUGUGAUCAUAGUCUUCCCGUAUGUGAUCGAUGUAAGCGACGGAAAGCAUCGGCAAAAUGUAUAUACCUCUCAGCUCCUAUGACCCGUCGACCACCUACAGGGGAAUCCAAUACAAGUAGGGAGCACGAACAAACUGUCGGUAUUCUGUCAACCCCCACUCCAACUCCAGCUCCAACUCCUUCUAUUAUAUCUACAAAUGAUCACCUGCUUUCUCCCGAUAGUAGGCCCACGGAACCAGGAAGAAUACAAUCCGGGGGUUUCUUUGGCCCAACAAACUUCUCCGCUGUAUUCGAGGAAAAUCGGGAGAAUAUCGGUAACGAUAUACAAAUCUCCAAUGACUCUGGUGCACUUCCAUCUUAUGAUAGUCUCCAGACUCAUAACUUCCUGAUGCUACCCGGAAAUGCAUUUGGAGGGUCCCCACGAAUCCAGCUCGGAAUCAAGAUAUUGCAAAAACUGCCCGACAAACGAACAUGUGACCAUUUGCUGAAAUGGUUUUUGGAAAGGAAAGGCGAGUGUAGUCCUUAUACCCCAAGACUAAUUUCGGCACAAAUAGUAUAUUCUUUGUGGUCUCAAUGGGGAAAGGAGUUUAAAGAGCCAAGACGUCUCGAUGAUAUGGAACGACCCAAUAUGAGAUGGGAGUCCGUGGGACUCAUAUUUGCGGCUCUAUGUCAAUCCAUUUUGUCGCUAUCUGAAAGAGAUGCUUUUUUUACAACUCAGCCUGGGCAAAGGAAAGACCGAAAACAUUUCGCUCUAGAGUUGAAAGAUUGCACACAAGCUUGUGUCACAUUGUCUAAUUAUAUGGACUACAUUAAUACCGUCAUGGUGGGACUUUUGACUCAAAAUCUUAUAAUUGCUACUGUAAUCAUGGGCGACGCGAGUUUGAUUGUUUGGAGACAGAUAGGAGACUUGGUUAGCAUGUCAACGGCACUUGGUCUCCAUCGCCAACCGGAUAAUGAUGGACCCGUCACAUUCUUAUCCGAGUGUAAAAGACGUUUAUUCACGAUAAUAUUCAAUGUCGAUAAAAGUUCUGCCCAUCUUACAGGUCGCCCACCAGCUUUGAGUUACCGCUAUACACGGUUCCGCUUCCCUCUUGACAUCGACGAUGAAGUAUUUGCUCAAGGUCCCGAAGCUCUUAGGAAAGCUGCGGGGAAAUUAGACGCCAAUGGCUGGAAUCAAGAAGGCAGAAUGACAAACGCAACGUACAUUCGCGCUCACGGCUAUCUUACUAUAAUCACCGAUGAAAUUCUCGAACUAUCUCUCACUGGUAAUAUCAGCGAUACCCGCAUUACCGAUCUUCUAGCUCGUCUACAAGAAACCUACGAUGGUUUUCCCUGCUACACCCAUUACCGUCCUAACGACGUAUACUCUCCUUUGAUAUCUGAUAGUGUACUAUGGCGUCGCAUCGGUCUGCGUCUCGCAUAUCUCGAACAACGACUCACGCUCGAACGACUCGCUCACAAAUCUCUCCUUCUCUCCGGCCAAUCCAUUAUAUCUUGCGCUCUCGAAAUGCUUCAACUGACCGUCCUCUUCUGGGUCCAACGCGAUCGCUUCGUCGAACACCAUCAUGAUUACGAUUGGAUGCUGAUGUGUUGGGGUGUUCCCUCCAGCGGAGUCUUGUGUGUAGAAAUCCUUAAACAGAUGAAAUCGCCGCAUGAAUCGACGAUCAAACUCCCGACGUCGGAAAUUGUGCAGAACUUAAGUUUGUUGGUUGGGUUUUUCGAAUGGAUCAAACCGAGUGCGGGGAAUUAUCUACUGUGGGGACGUAUGAGUAAAUUGGUGAAGAGGAUUCUAGAUCAGAUUUUGAAUCAUCGAGUUGGUGGUCGUGGGAAUUCGCAGGGACAGGGACAAGAGGGGAGAGGAGUGGAAUAG